AUGCCACCAGCUGGACAAGAUGAUCUUGACUUCCUGAAGUACGCCAUGGAAUCGUACGUCGCUGACGUCAACGCUGACAUCGGUAAAACAACAAUCGUGUUCACUCUUCGUGAGAAGGCUGGAGCUCUUGCUGAAACGCUGAAACUGUUCCAGGCACAUGAUGUGAAUCUAUCUCAUAUCGAGUCAAGACCAUCGAAGACUCAUGAAGGAUGCUAUGAGGUGCUCGUCGAGUUCGCUGAAGCUGAGGAUCAUCAUAAAAUUGAGGAAGUUAUUGAACACUUCCAACAGAAAGCUGUCAAGAAGGUUCUUGUUCAAGAUUGGAACACCAAGGAUAAGCAGAACAAGGAUUCUGUCCCAUGGUUCCCACAGAAGAUCAGCGACAUCGAUCAGUUCGCUAACAGAAUCCUCUCCUACGGAGCUGAAUUGGAUUGUGAUCAUCCUGGAUUCAAAGAUCAAACCUACCGUGAACGCAGAAAGUUCUUCGCUGAUAUUGCCUUCAACUUCAAACAUGGAGACAAGAUCCCAGCCAUCGAAUACACUCCAGAAGAGAUCGCUACGUGGCGUACAGUAUACAAUGAGUUGACUGUUCUCUACCCUAAGAACGCAUGUCAAGAAUUCAACUAUAUCUUCCCUCUCCUUCAACAAAACUGUGGAUUCGGACCUGACCGUAUUCCACAGUUGCAAGAUGUUUCUGACUUUUUGAAGGACUGUACUGGGUACACUAUUCGUCCAGUUGCUGGUCUACUUUCUUCUCGUGACUUCCUUGCUGGACUGGCCUUCCGUGUCUUCCACUCAACACAAUAUAUUCGUCAUCACUCCGCUCCAAAAUAUACUCCAGAACCCGAUAUUUGCCACGAACUCCUUGGUCACGUCCCACUUUUUGCGGAUGUUGAAUUCGCCCAAUUCUCUCAAGAAAUCGGGCUUGCUUCUCUCGGAGCUCCAGAUGAUAUCAUUGAGAAACUUGCUACUCUUUACUGGUUCACUAUCGAAUUCGGUCUCUGCCAACAAGACGGCCAAACGAAGGCAUACGGAGCCGGUCUUCUCAGCUCAUUCGGAGAGCUUGAGUAUGCGUUGAGUGAUAAGCCAGAAGUCGUUGCCUUCGAUCCAGCCAUCUGCUGUGUUACCAAAUACCCAAUUACUGAAUACCAACCAAAAUAUUUCCUUGCCGAGUCAUUCACCAGUGCUAAAAACAAGCUCAAAUCCUGGGCCUCAACAAUCUCUCGUCCAUUCCAAAUUCGUUACAAUGCUUACACUCAACGUGUCGAAAUUCUUGAUAAGGUUGCUGCUCUUCAACGUCUUGCUCGUGAUAUCAGAAGUGAUAUUUCCACUUUGGAAGAGGCUCUCGGAAAAGUUAAUAAUCUGAAAAUCAAGUUUUGA